AUGUCCCCGUCUGCCGAUUUUACCAUCUCCGACUUUCCUCACAAAGUCCUCAAUCCAAUCGCCACCGAUACCAUUGCACCCUCCUAUGCGUCGCUUCUCCUGGCCCAACGCCAACUCAGCACCAACGCCUCUGCCAUUCCCAGCCUCAACGGCGGUGGGGCUCAUGGUCACAUGGCCCUGACGCUCACCGCCGAUGCGUAUGCCGAACUGUCCAACAUACCCUUCGUCAUCCCCGUUGCUCCCCCUGCCGACCCCGAACCGGGCGCAACGCAACCCCAAAUCACGGAGAACAAUCAACUCCACAAACGUGCUGUGGCCAUCCACAGCCUCUAUGUGGCAGUCAACAAUGCCCUCCGUCGCCAACUCCUUGACGCCGUCCCUCGCGUCUACGUCUGCGACUUGGAACACCCCCAGUUCGCGUACAGCCACGUCACCUGCCUUGACCUUCUGGACCAUCUCUGGCGCAACUUCGGCACCAUCUCCGCCUCUGACUUAAAAAACAACAUAUAG